AUGUCGCGAAUCUUGACGUCAAGAGUCCUCAAUUACCUGAAUUCACCAUUGACUGACGGAUACUAUGUCAUGUUUAUCGGGAUCUGGGUUUAUACUCGUCACUACCUCAGUCUUCGAAUCAUGUGGGCUGUUCUCACAGAGUUUGCCACCGUUGGCCCAUACGAGCUUAACUGGGAAACCCAACAGUAUAAAUGCUGGAUCAGCCAGGUUAUCACAUUCUCCCUACUUGCGAUCUUGCAAGCCCUCAACAUCUUCUGGUUGUUCUUGAUCUUCCGAGUUCUUUGGAACUACAUCAUGACUCGCAACCUAGUGGAUGAGACCAGUGACGUGGAAGACGAGGCAGAGGAGCCCCGCGACCCAGCCACGGAGCUCCUAGAGCAGAAUACCAGCCAGAAACAAUAA